GAGAAAGCAUGACGCAAACGCACUUCCGGACAUGCGUUUUAGCACGUUAGCAGCACCAACAUGGCGAUGACAAUGAGCCAAAAUGAUGUUCAGGUGCAGCAGAAAGAAGGAGAGGAAGAUGAUCAGUCUAUAUCUAGAUCUGACAGUGGUGAGGAUUCGCUCGAUGGCCUUAUGAGCCACAGAUGUCCCUUGACCCCAUCGCUGUCUCCACGUAAACGGACCACCAGCCAAAGCAAAACAGAGCCUCCACUUCUCAGGACGAAUAAGAGGACAAUCUACACUGCGGGGCGUCCACCCUGGUACAAUGUUACUGGGACCACCUUUAAAGAAGCCUUUGUCAUAGGUCUUUGUGGAGGAAGUGCUUCUGGGAAAACCACCGUGGCCAAUAAGAUCAUAGAGGCUCUUGAUGUUCCUUGGGUUGUUCUGCUCUCUAUGGAUUCUUUCUACAAGGUUUUGAGUAAAGACGAGCAGGAGUUGGCAGCUAGAAACGAGUACAACUUUGAUCAUCCUGAUGCUUUUGAUUUUGAACUGUUAGUAACUGUGUUGAGAAAACUAAAAAAGGGCAAAAGCAUCAAAGUGCCAGUGUAUGACUUUACCAGUCACAGUCGUCGCAAGGAGUGGAAAACAGUUUAUGGGGCCAACGUUGUGAUAUUUGAGGGAAUCUUGGCUUUUGCCAACAAGGAGCUUUUAAAGCUCCUAGACAUGAAGGUAUUUGUAGACACAGACUCUGACAUCCGGCUAGUCAGGCGACUAAAAAGGGACAUCACGGACAGAGGGCGUGACAUUGUGGGCGUCAUUAAACAGUACAACAAAUUUGUCAAGCCAGCGUUCGAGCAGUACAUCGAACCCACUGUGCAGGUUGCAGAUAUUGUGGUCCCAAGAGGUGGAGAAAACUUUGUAGCCUUGGAUCUGAUUGUUCAGCAUGUUCACAGUCAGCUGGAAAAGAGGAAACUCCGCUGGGAUAUAUCAGCCUUGGCAUCUGCCCAUCAGGGUCAACCUCUACCUGAGACCCUGAGUGUCAUGGAGAGCACCCCACAGGUCAGAGGAAUGCACACUAUUAUCAGGAAUAAAGAAACCAGUCGGGAUGAAUUUAUUUUCUAUUCAAAGAGAUUAAUGAGGCUUCUUAUAGAGCACGCCCUGUCCUUCCUGCCUCUAAAGCCGGUGUCUGUUGAAACUCCUCAAGGAACUGUAUAUGAAGGGAAGAGGCUGAGCGGGAAAAGGAUCACUGGUGUGUCCAUUUUACGGGCAGGAGAGACCAUGGAACAGGCCUUGAUGGCUGUUUGUAAGGACAUUCGACUCGGAAAGAUCCUCAUUCAGACCAAUCAUGACACAGGAGAGCCUGAGCUCCAUUACCUUCGUCUUCCCAAGGACCUCAGUGAGGAUUAUGUUAUCCUGAUGGACAGCACUGUGUCAACAGGAGCGGCAGCUCUCAUGGCUGUCAGAGUCUUACUUGAUCAUGAUGUCCAGGAGGAUAAGAUCUUCCUGAUCUCUCUCCUCAUGGCGGAGAUGGGCGUUCACUCAGUGGCCUACGCCUUUCCCAAAGUGCGCAUCAUCACCACUGCUGUGGACAAGAAUGUCAACGAUGAGUUUCACAUCAUUCCAGGGAUUGGUAAUUUUGGAGACCGUUAUUUUGGGACUGAUGCUCCUUCAGACUGGUAUGAAAGUGAUGAUGGGAUGGACUACUGAAUUUCCUCAAGACCUGUAUGUGAGCAAUUGUAUCCACACGCGUCAGAGAAGGGAACUUUUAAGCACAUAAUCUCAUAUGAUUGUGGACCCAUUGCCCAGCCCUAUAUAAGCCUUAGCCGCAGGAAUAAGUUGAUUCUCAAUACAGGUUAAAGCAAUAAUGGACCCCUAAACAUGAGAGAUUACUACUCAAUAGCUUUCCUUGCAGUGCCCACACGACCAUCACAAUUUAAGAAUUUUUCAUUAUUACUUGAACUUAGAAAUGAUAAGAGUGGAAAAAUAAGGGCAAACCUUAGUUUCUUCAUGGGAGUGUUUGAAAUGGUAUGCUACCAAACUACCUUGUACUGUUUUUCAGUAGUAUGAGUAGACGGUAUAUACUGUGUAGAAUACAGUAUACUGUAUGUAAUUGAUUGCAAACACCGCUCAUACUUGGUGUUUGUUAACUGGUUUCAUGUUGUCUUGACUUAUCUUUCAUUGGUAUAGCAUAUAUAGCAUACAUGUGCAUUUGAAACGCUUGGCCAAACUGACAUUUCAUAGUAAGUGAGCAAAACAUGCCUGCUUCAAUUUAACCUGCCUUUAAUGUUGCUGCUUUGCUAAAAAUCUGCGUAAAUGUUACUACCUUGAAUAGUAGCCCAAGCACAAAUAGAUAUAAUUUUUUGCUGCAAUUCCGCUCAUAAACAGUAUAUCUGUUGUUUAAUUUAUGUUAACAUUGUUGUUUUGCCCCCCUAAUUGAUUGGUGUCUUGAAGGCGAUACUGAUGUGAAGUGCCAAUCAAUAUAUCAGUCUACUCGAUAGUGUUUGUGUGUGUGUGUAAAAAUGUGGGCAAUUCAUGAAAUAUUGAAAAGGGACUUUUUAAUAGAAAUUUAAAUUAAGUCCAAAGGAAUAAUUUUCCUCUCAUCAUUGGUUUUAGUAUUUAGUACUACAGUGCCAAUGAGGGGGGGGGGGGGGGGGGGAUCAGGUUUACAGUUUUCUGUUACAUACUUGAAUUUUAAAUUGUAGAUAAUGUAUAUUUAUUUUUCAUUGGUUUAUUUCCCAUACCUGAUUGAUGAGAGGCAACAACAAAUUGAUUUGCAAUGACAGAAGUUGAGAAAUAAUUAGUGAAGAACAUAUUGGGAGUCUUUUAGCAGAAAUUAAACCAAAAGAAAGUAAAGCAUGUGCUUCUCCUGAACAAUUUUACUUAUGUCAUCUAACGUUUCCCCUCCCCAAUUAACCUGAUCCAACUAACAGUGCCAAAAUGCACAUACAGUAAACCAAGAUGCACUUAAAUUUAUGUAAGCAAACAGUUUAAUCACUUAAAGCGGAGUGUUGCACAUUAUUUCCGUGGCAUUAAGCAUUUGUCUGUUUGGUCCCACUUGACAUUGUAAUAAUUUAAAAUUAUAAAAAAUGAUGUCUUUAUGUCUUACUUUUCUUUGUAUGUUUGUUUUAUAAUUGGACCUGCCAUUUGGUUUGUUUAAAUUUUGUUUUGUACAGUGAAUUUAUGGCUUGGUUAUGUGUCAUUCUAAAUCAGAUCUCAGUAAUGGGCUUAAGAAUUAACUAUAUUGGCAGCAUUUAUUAUAAGGGUAAAAUAUUUAUCUUACUUAUUUAAGUUUUCUCAAUCCACAGAUGUGUACUGUAAUGAUUUUGUUGUAUAAGUCUCAUUUCCCUGGGUUAUCUGUUUGCGAGCUUCAAACUGACCUCCAGUAUUGUAAGCCAUUCCACUUCUGUUGGAACAUUUUUUUCUGUAUGUAUAAAUAGCGCAAUUAAAAUUUUUGUGCCUAA